AUGGCUGCUUCUGCAAUAGUCAAAGGCUCCCAACAACCAUCCACGUUGGUUUUUGCAGUAAACAUACGGCCACGAAUGGCUUCACCAUUGUCCGAAAACGCAUUUGGGAAUAUCUUCUGGCUAACAAGUGCACACCACAAUGCAGCCCACACAAAACAAAAUGAUGAGCUGCAAGUUGUGGUGGGUCGUGUGAAGGAAGCAGUUAAAAAAAUGGACUCUAAAUUUAUCCAAAGAAUGCAAGGAGAUGAAGUGUUUCACAAGAUAUGCAAGUUGAUGGAAGAAAGAGAUGAAGUAUAUGCCAAAAAAAGACCUGAAAUGUACAUGGUCAGCGAUUUGAGAAGCUUUAGAUUGUCGGAAUUGGAAUUCGGGUGGGGAAAACCUAUUUGGGUUAGCCAUGUUUGGGGAUUUCCCAGUUCAGUGUUUAUCAAUGGGGUAUUUCUAGCAGAAAGCAGUGUGAACGGAGGAAUAGAAGCAUGGGUGACUAUUUUAGAACAAGAUCCUGAGUUCCUAAACUACGCUUCCUCAAAUCCAGGUUGUUUGGUAACAUCAUCAUCAUAG